AUGGAUGAAUGGAGAAAACGAAAACGUUUGUCUCAAACAAAUGUUGAUUUAUUUCCAUUUAAGACGAAUGUUUGUUAUCUUGUCAUUUUGGUUGCAGAACAUCGAUUGAAGUUUGUUCUUUUGGUAUAUUUGAAGCGAGCAAACACAAAAGAAAACCGAAAACCAUUAGAACUUUUAAGGGAAACUGUGAUAAAAUAUAACAUCAAAAUGAUGGGAAAUUAA